AUGACUCACGAUGGCAGGUCUCUCUACCUCCAAGCGCUCAUAGCCUUGCAACAAACUUCUGAGGACGAACUUCUUUCGUGGUUCCAGAUUGCUGGGAUACAUGGCAGACCAUUUAUUCCUUGGGAUGGAAUAGAGUGGAACCCUUCUGCUCCAGAAGUUGGUUAUUGCCCACAUUCGAGUGUGCUUUUCACAUCAUGGCACCGAAUCUAUCUCGCACUCCUCGAACAAGUCCUCUCUUCCCACGCGCAACACCUUGCAAAGACAUAUAACUCCACCACAUACCAAAUCGCAGCAGAUAAUUUCCGUAUUCCAUACUGGGACUACGCUCUCACUCCAUCCAUGCCCGACAUCGUCGAUUAUCCUCAAGUCCUAAUCAACACUUCUUCUGGACCCAUGAACGUGUCAAAUCCAUUGCUGCAUUAUAGGUUCCAGCAAUUCCCACUGAACGAAACGUUGUUUCCGGCAGGUGAGAGUGGGGAAGGUUGCCUCACGACUUAUAAUACCACAGUUAGAUUUCCGGUGAACGGGGUAUCGAAUUGUGAUAGCAUCAAUGCGAAUCUUCAGGGCUCGAACUUGAAAGCGAAUACUUACUCGGUCUUUCAAACUCGCGACUACAACACAAUGGCAACUGGCACCACCUCCAACAGUGCUUUCGAGUAUGCCCAUAAUCAGGUCCAUCACACAAUCGGUGGUUUCAAUACCAUGGACCCGGGACAUAUGGGUGUCUUUGCUUAUGCCGCGUUCGAUCCUAUUUUUUUCCUCGUACAUGCCAACGCAGAUCGUCUCUUCGCUCUGUGGCAAGCUAUGAACCCCACGUCUUUCCUUACACCGGAUAUCGACUCGACUGGCACGUUCACGAAUGUGGUAGGAGGAAACCUGACGGUGGAUAGCCCGCUUACCCCUUUCACGAUGGUCAAUGGGAGUGCAUGGACGAGCACUGGAGCUAGAGAUUUGGUGGGUUUGGGAUAUAGCUACCCCGAGAUCAUGGAUUGGCUGCCAAUAUCAAAAGACGAUCUGGCGAAGAAUGUGACAGCCGCGGUAGAAUGGAUGUAUGGUCCAAGCACUUAA